UGCCUCGCCAUAAUCGGAAUCCACAAGAACGGCACGUGGGCUGCGCACAAGACCAUCGAGUGCGCGCAGACUCUAGACGAAGUGGCUCUCGUCACGCAGAACUUGAGGCCCUACGUCCCGCCGCUCUUGUUGGACCAGUUCGGUAACUACGUCGUGCAAUGCUGCCUACGCUUCGGCGCACCCGCCACCAACUUCGUGUUCGACGCGAUGGUCGGCCGACUCUGGGAGAUUGCUCAAGGCCGCUUCGGAGCUCGUAGCAUGCGUGCCUGCCUCGAGAGCAGCAACAUCACCGCCAGCCAGCAGCGCCGCAUCACUACUGCGAUCAUCCUGAACUUGAUCCCUUUGGCGACGAACCCGAACGGCGCGCUGCUUCUGACGUGGCUGCUGGGCACGCCGAACUUCCCGUUGAGGUGA